AUGCUAAAGUCUACUAGAGUGUUUUCUGUUCAAGUGUCUGCCAGGAAUAUCUCAAAGUCCACUUUGAGGUUUGCUAAUAAUGGGAAACCUCAAAAUCCGCCCAUAGAUCCUUCCUUACAUAUGAGGAUUUCCCCCAUUAUUCGUACUGGAGAAACGAUAGAUGUCAAGCGUGCAAGGCUAGUUUACCAAUCCAGGAAGAGGGGUAUUUUGGAGAGUGAUUUGCUAUUAAGCAGGUUUGCCAAAAAGUACCUCAACAAGAUGUCCAUGGAAGAGUUAGAUGAGUACGAUAAAUUAUUGGAUGAGGCAGAUUGGGACAUUUACUAUUGGGCAACGAAAAACUUCAAGAUCACUCCUUUACCGGAAAAAUGGCAAGAUUCUAAGAUACUAAACUUAUUACAAGAAGAAGCAGAGAAUAAGGAAAAGGUCAUUUUGAGAAUGCCUGAGUUGGAUGAAAAUGAUUUUCUCGGGACAAAGUGA